AAAAGCUGAUACAAGCCUCUUUCGGUGUACAGCAGAACAAGCACAAGCAGUCUGAGCAAUGAUCUUUCUAACAGGCCUGCUUCUGAUCCAGUUCUUCACAAUCAUCAACUCAUGCUUUGUGAGCUUAGACUUUGUCAGGAGCACCACUGUGAACCAAAGUCCUGAGUACAUUUCUAUAACAGAGGGAGACAAUGUGACUUUAACUUGCUCCUAUUUCCAUGUUCGCCUCAGAAUCAGUCAAAUCGAUAGCCUCAUCUGGAGUUAUACACCUGGAAGAGACAGUGUAAACUGUUCUAAGCAACUUCUAGUGCAAAAAAUAAAUGAUUUUGAACAAGAAUCCUAUAUGGAAAGUGAAGGUCGGUAUCACAGCUGGUGGGACAUGUCUAAUAACAGCAACUCGCUCCUCAUCAUGGAUCUGCAGCAGAGUGAUACUGGACGCUAUUGCUGUGAGGUAGUUUCCACACUGCCUUAUUUAUCAGGGGUGAAUCAGAAUGGGACCAUGAUAAUUGUUCAAGAAAAAGAAAAAACACCUUCAGACUUAUCAUCAACUCAAUAUUUCAACAUGAAUGUCAUUCGCCUGGUCAUUGCUUUGAGUCUGGUGAAAACAUUUGUCAUUGUGCUCAUGUAUCAGAAAUGUCAGAGAUCAAGCAAAGCAAAAGUGUUUUCAUCAAAGAGGGCGGUGAUAUCCAUUCUGGAGUGACUUUCUGCAUUCAGAAACUGAUUUUAGGAUCUUGUGCCUGACAGUGAAAGAUCCAAGGGCAUAUUUACAAAAUGAAGACUCUGCCUCAUUGUGGUUACACAUCACUCAGAAAAUAUUUGUAAGAAAGCCAACCUCGAAAUACUGAAUGAACAACCAAUGCCUUCUGUACAAUUUAACUAAAAUGUUGCACUCAAUGAUAUGUUGGCUUGCAUUAGCUAUUUAGAGCUAAAUUUAUCUUACUAGCUUUCACUACUGUGGUAGUCCACAUUAAGACAAAAUCUCUCAUAUUUCUUUUGGUUUCUUCUUGUGUUUUUUUAUGUUGUCCAUAUAUUACAUCAGUACCCUAACCCACACUCCACAUCACUUUUCCCCCUCAGUUAUCAUACUUGGGGGGGUGAACACAAGCAUGUCCCUUUGUUUGCUGGUCCCCCCAUCUUAGAGAAGAAACCCACUCUUGCUGUUGGUAUGUGGUUAUGUCAGCACCAAGUAGGGGAAGGGGAAGUGGCUAUAACUAAUAACCGUACUGUAGCCAGGUUCAUUUAUAACUAAGCACCUUUCUUCCUCACGAACCCCUCAGCAAUGUUGUAGUAAUACAUUCUGAGAGGCUUUCUGCUUGCUUAUACAAGUGUGCUGCCAUUCGUAAGCCUCCCCCCCAUUUAUUUACUUAAUAAAUAAAAGAAGACCAAACUGCCCCUUCAGGUCCUUUCCCUGUCCCUCCCUCAGGCAUCACACACAGCCAUCACAGUAUCAUUCCCCUCUCCCUUGAUGGUUUUCUAUCACUCAGGCUGCUACUUCAUCUCAGGUUUCUGGUAGGGUAUACAGAUGCACUUCUCCUAUGCUAGGAAGGUGGCACUUCAGGUCAUUGUAUAGUACUUGUGACAUCAAAGUUACUCUCAAAAUAAAAAGGCCAGUGAUGUCACAUAACAGAAUUAUGUCUUUGGGAAGGAAUAUAGUUAAAGAAGAAUGUAGUUAAGAAUAAGAGAAACAUAAGUUGAAUCACAACAGAAGAAUAUUACAGCAAUAAGAAAACGUAUGCUAGAACUUUAGAGAUUAUUUUAGCCAUCACAUAAAGCAUGUGCUAGGUGAAAGCCCUGUGCAUAAUGAAUCACAGUUUAUGAAUCCCCUCCUUUAGAUUUGAUAGACUUCUGUUACUGCUGGAAUAAGGAUAUGUAAGAAACAUUGACAUGCAGAAAAUAAUGCUGGUCCAUAAUUCAGGUGCACUGCGUUGUGUGGAGUGUCCAUCUUAUCUUCAGGACAGCAGUAUUGCAGCCAGUAUGGCACACUUGCACUCUGGUCACACCUAAAUCUCAUCAGCAGGUAGUGAAUGGAGUUUCUACUUGUCAGCAAUGGGAGUUCCCAGUUCCACCAACAUGCAGUCUGUCAUUGAUAUCUUCCCACCACACCCUACACUUUCUGUUACUGAAUACUCCCCCCAGCAUGUUAGUGAUUGGUAUCCCCCUAUACCAUACCUCUGCACUGUCCAGAUUUUUGUAGCAUCUCUAGAUUUUUUGCAUCAUUUUUGGUGUAUUGCUCAAAAAAAUGUGCAGUUUUCUGGCACAUCGCUUAGGAUUAACAUCUGUAAAUAAUGACAUACAUUUUAUGUUUUAGUCUUCAUAUCCUUCAAAAAAUGCAUGCUAACACAAAACCUUU